GUAUAUAGAUAUGCCACACGCAGAACUUGCAGAGAUCCCUCGUAACCUCGUGGAAUAACGAACGAUUGCACAUGGAAGGGAAUUGGCCGCGGCCCGCUUAAAUCUCAACACAUCAAAGAUAAUCGUCCGACGGAGAGUGCGGCGGCAACUUAUAUUUUAAUUCCGUAAACUUUGGAAGUAGCUUUCUUUAAUUUAGGACGAUUCAAAUAUCGCGGUCGGCGCGGUACGUGAAGUCGCCGCGCGCGGCGCCACCGUCAAAUAAAAAUGUCAUUGUUGUCGAACUUAUUUGACCCGCAAUAAUAAUCCGGGGCGAAAAAAAGCGUGAAAUUUCGAGAAACGUUCCAUCGCGGGGUUACGAUGUGAACCCGGACACAGUCGAAGAUGUCCCAAACGACGGUGGGUACGGUGAAAAUCAAGUCGUCGUGCACUCACGUCCUCAAGGAAAACCUCGACCGGAUUUCGGUGUUAUUCGCCGCGAGUUUGACUGAAAAAAAACGGGCCAGCGACGGAACGGUGAUCUUCGACGUUUUGUUAUCGAGCCCCCCCGAGGACGUAGCCCGCACCGUUAGCGGCGAUUUCGUAACGCGACUGCAGAAAUAUGUAGAUGGUUUAUGCUCGGAGGGUUGCGUCGCCGCCGGUACCGUAGCAGCUGGCGAAGACUCUAGCUACGAUUCGGACUGCGAGGGUUCGUACGACGUGCCGGGUGGCGUAGCCUCGGGCGGCCACCAGGAUGUCUCGCGGACAGUCAGCGACACCCUGGCCGCCGAAUACGCGGAAUACGUUCAAGGGGCCCAGGACACGACGGCGGGCUACACCGCGAGGGUCGAAUUCGCCUUGAAACUGGGCUACACGGAGCGGCACGUGCAGGCCGCCCUUCAAAAAUUGGGCCCGUCGCCCACCCAAAACGAACUGCUCGCCGAACUGAUCAAACUGGGCGCGCAAAAGGGCGGCUCGGGCGACAGUAGCCCCACCGAGAGCCCUACGUCGGACGUAGGGCUUUUGGACGUCGCCGGCGAUCACCACCACGGUCUGAGGGCGGUCGUAGUCGACGGUAGCAACGUCGCGAUGAGCCACGGCAACAAGGAGGUGUUCUCGUGUCGCGGCAUCAAGAUCUGCGUCGAUUGGUUUAAAUCGCGUGGCCACAAGAACAUCACCGUGUUCGUGCCCAAAUGGCGCAAGGAGGGCCCCCGAUGCGACAACCCGAUAAAGGACCAGGAGAUUUUGGCCGAACUCGAGAGGGAACGUUUGCUCGUGUUUACGCCGUCGCGAUUGGUCGGCGGGAAACGGAUGGUUUGUUACGACGACCGGUACAUUUUGAAACUGGCCGCGCAGACGGACGGCGUAGUCGUCAGCAACGACAAUUAUCGCGACCUCUGCCAGGAGAGCGUCGAGUUUCGCAAGGUGGUGGAGGAACGCGUCCUCAUGUAUUCGUUCGUCAACGAUCACUUCAUGCCGCCGGACGACCCGCUGGGCCGCUCGGGCCCCACGCUCGAUAAUUUCCUAAGGGCGUCCCCGCGCAAGGGCGACGUCGCGGGCACGCCGCCCCCGCCGCCCUGUCCCUACGGGAAAAAGUGCACGUACGGCAACAAGUGCAAGUACCAUCAUCCCGAAAGGGGGCCGCUACCGCACAAAAGCGUCACCGAGAGGCUGUCGGAACACGCGCAACGCCACCUGCAGGCCCGUGAAGGCGACAUCCGAAAGAACCCGUUGGGUCGGACCCGGUCGAACGUCCCUCCUCCGAAAGAACCUCAGCAGCACGCGGUGGUGUCGAAGAGUCGCAGCGUCGAUAACGUUGGCAAUGUGGCGUCGUAUCAGCCCGCGACGCCCGAGAGCAAUCUCCACCGCAAGUUGCAACGACAACUCACGCUCAAUCCGGGCUGCGACCCGCGGCUCGCGAUCGCUCGCCGUUUUGCCUCGCCCGCUUCGUCGUACCCGCCGCCGCAGCCGCCCCCUUGGAACGAGCGACAUCAGCACGUCACUCGUAUCGCUUCAGCUCCCGAUUCGUACCGCGGCGGGCAAGGAGGGUGGCCGCCCCAGCAGGCACCUGCGGCGGCGGCGGUUCCGCCCCCGCAACACCCCGUGCACCGCCUGUCCAGCUGCUCCGACUCGCAGCUGAACAUGUGGCCGGCGGCGGCGCGGUGGGGCGGUCUCGUCGGUGUUCAGGAAGACGCUCGCAGGAAACUGCAUUACCACCUGGCCGCUCUCUUUCCCGAAGAGCAGGUCGUGCAGGUGAUGCAGAUGUACCCGGACGAGACGAACGCGCAGAAAAUCUGCGCGGCCAUCCUCGCGAUGUUCUCGAAAACGUAGGAUGCGCGCGCGCGCGCGGUCGCAGGACAUUAUCGAGGUUAGGUUCCGGUAGACUUUAAUAGUGCCACGUGGCCCAUUAAUAAAAGACGCCGGCCAUAUCUCAGGAACCAUUAGUCCUACGACUUAACGAAAAGAAUUUUUUUUUCAAGUUCAUAAAAUAGAAAAAAAAAACACGGUUUUCUCAAAAAUAUUCCAAAUUAACCUAUAUCAAAGUUAGUUUCAACGUAAUCUACUCUAGAUAAGGAAACUGCUUUGUUUGAACCAUUUUUUUUAUCUCGUCAAAUUAAGGGCGGGGGUCAAAUAUUGGUGUGGAAACAGUUGAAAUAACAUUUUUUUGGUCGAUCCGAUUUCGACGAAUUUGGUUUAGUUUUACAACGUGUUUAUAGGAGCUUCGACUGGCGCGUCGAUAUUAGUUCUUUUACGAGUCGGAUUUUCUCAAAAAUUUCAAAUAUAGUGGUAUAAAUAUGGACGAGGUGUAAAUUAAAAUUUAUUUAAAAAUACUUUUUUAGGUAGCUAUAAUAAAUGCAGUAUUGGAGAUAACCGAGAGGUGACGUAUUAUGACGGGAUGAUAAUUUAUAGUAGAGGUUCGAUACUACUUUUAUUUUAUAUAUAAAACAUAAUUGAAAGGAAAUUAGGUUAGAGAGAAUUAUUUAGAAAAUACCUCAAUAAAUUGACGUUUUCAUCGUGCAACGUCCAAGCCUACUUAGUUGUUUUACCCUUUUCCCCACUACAUGUAAUGCAUUAAUAAAUUAUAUUGACGAUUCAUUUUUUAACUAUUAUUAUGAACAAAUUACGACAAAAUCAAAUUUUACUCUAGUAGAAAAUUAAGCAUCCCAAGUCACAUACUAUUACUAUGCUACUGUUGAAAAAUAUGUUUAAUAAACAUAUUUUUAUUUAUUUCAUCACCAUUAUAUUUGAAAUUUUCGAGAAAAUCAUAAAAAUAGCUGUUUUCACAUGAAGCGCUCGUGAGAGAAUUAAUCUCGUGAUAUAGCUAGAAAAAAAUAGUUGAAACAAAAAAGGCUGUUUAUCUAGAGUAGAUUAUGUCAAAUAAUUAAUUUUUAUAUAUGUUAAUUUGGGAUAUUUUUCAGAAAACCCGUUUUUUCUAUUUCACAGUAGAAGUUACGCCCCCUAGUGGCCAUUUUAUGAAUAAUUUUUUUUUCUACGUUGUAGGAAUAACGGUUCCUGAGAUAAGGAGGGCGUCCUUUAUUAAUGGGGCACCUGGUACAUCCAUAUUUCGUGUUGCCCUGCCUGGUGGGCGGGGCGUAGUUAAGGAUCUUUGUAGCCUUCAUAUUGAAGAGUGUGGGCGCAGUAAAGGCGCGUAAAUUUCACGUUAGUUAGAUAAUAUAUUGUUACGUAUAAUCAAACGGUGGGCGGGGCCCUCGGAGGUCGCGUUUAACGCUAUAACGUGUAUUAUAACGGGUUAAGUCGAUACUGUGUAUCUCUAGUAAAAUUGUUGCAAUUUUUGAAUUACUAUAGUCUAGGCGGCGACAUAUGCCGCCGCGUUUGAUAUUUCGACUUUUGGCAGCCUCGCGGUAGCGAAUCCGGCCGGAAGGACUCGUUCGAUAUUAAGUCACUCGACUUAGUCUAAAUAAGUCGAACGCCCUAAUCCGGUUCCGAGAGGCCAAAUUAUAUUUGCCUGCUGCAUAAUUCCAUUUAGAACAACUCAAAAGUAUCAAUUGUCUUGAUGUUUCAAGAUCAUACAUACUGUUUCGUAAAAGUCGCACUGGCUUAUAAUUCUUUGGCGAUAUCAUGAUUUAUAGUGCUACCAAGGAAUUUCAGGUCGUGAACUUGCUCAGUCGGCCAGUUGUCUAUAGUUGGUUGACAUAAUGUUAUAAUCCAUAAUCUUUGCUGUUGUCACUUUCUCAGGAAAUGAAACUCUUCUUCUUCUUCUUCUUCUCGGAUUUCCAUCUUCUGUCAAAGAUUGGAAAUCUUCAUGGCAAUGGGGGCCUUCUUGACAAUCUCUCUAAAUACCCAGUCUACUUGUACAAUCUGUUGUAACGAGCUAUAUCUUGAUACUAGGUAUUCAAGUUUCCUAUUUUUGAUUGUUACAAGAAUUUACGGCUCACAUCCCAUCCUUUUAUAUAUAUGAUGAUAUGAUAUAUGAUGAUAACCAGUACCAAAUUUGAAACUGGGUAUUCCCAUCCUUUUAUAAACCUCAACGUUUGGGAUUGUUUCUGUCCGCCAUAUCUUCAAAAUCCUUCUAUAACACCAUUUGAUUAAUUUUAGCUACUAUGCCUUCACACAAUAUAAAAGGUUAGAGAAUACGUAGCACCGAAACACGCAGUAAAGAAAGUAAAGAACUUUUUAAGCCCGACUGACAAACGCUGAUCGUGCAGUUUAGUUUCAAUUCGUGUUUUUAUCUAUUUGAUUCAGUAACGACCAUAAAUUUAGUUUUGUUAAGUUGAUUUUUAGACCGUAUUCGUUUUGCAAAUCGACGAUGCUAUCUAUCAUAAUAACUAUAUCAUAUAAACUCUGAAUAAAUAUUAAACAGCACCGUCUGACUUCCUUCGGGAUAUUAAUUUCCCGUUUCAAGGCACUCUGGCAGAUUGUCCUCGGUAGAAAUCAGAUAUUUUCAUGUUUGAUGUUAUCAUGUAUAGCCCAUGUUAAGUCUUAAUUCGUAUCCAGGCGUUCUCAAGUGGAGAUGUUUUAGUCUCGCAGCUGUUACACAUAUUCUAGUGACCAUGAUUUUUGGGAAUGAGUCCUGUUUUAUGUUAUUAAACGGAAAUUGAACACUUGUCUAGCAGUUCUACGACAUCGCAGUCUACUUCAUCAAUAAAUCUAUAGUUGAGUUAAUAUGCAGUAGUAUGUACCUUGCCUUCAACUACUUGGUCCUUCGAGCCGGAUUCGAAAGAGCCGAAGAACGGUUGGGCUACAAACUCUCUCACCGCGUUGCGUCUUUUUUUGAAAGGCAGUCGGUUGAA